AUGGCUAAGUCUAACUCUUUGGUUAUUUUAGCCCUUUUCACAAUUCUCUUUGUAAAGGUCAUAGGUCGCAUACCCAUUGACUCAAGAUGGCAGGAUGCACAUGCCACCUUCUAUGGUGACAUAAAUGGUGGCGAAACUAUGCAGGGGGCAUGUGGUUAUGGGAAUCUCUUCGAUCAAGGGUAUGGCCUUGAAACCACAGCACUAAGCACAACACUAUUUAACGAAGGUUAUACUUGUGGUGCAUGUUUUGAGAUCAAGUGUGUCAACGAUCCUCAAUGGUGCAAAACAGACGUGGCCUCAAUCACUGUGACUGCAACAAAUUUUUGUCCCCCCAAUUACUCCAAACCUGAUGGAAAUUGGUGCAAUCCUCCACAAAAACACUUUGACUUAACCAUGAAAAUGUACACAACAAUUGCCAUUUACGAAUCAGGGAUCGUCCCAGUUCAAUAUCGACGUGUUCCAUGUGUCAAAAGUGGUGGUGUUAGGUUUGAGCUUAGAGGAAACCCUUACUUUUUGAUGGUUUUGAUUUACAAUGUUGCGAAUGCUGGUGAUAUUGUACGUGUGGCCAUCAAAGGUAGUAAUUCUGAUUGGGUUCAAAUGAUACAUAAUUGGGGCCAAGUUUGGCAUACUGGACUUAAUUUGGUGGGACAAGACUUGACAUUUUGGGUUACUACAAGUGAUAAAAAAUCUUUGCAGUUUAUUUCUCUUGCUCCUUCCAAUUGGCAAUUUGGACAAACAUAUGAGGGCUCAGUAAACUUUUAG